CACGUGAGAGCGAAAUAUUCGUAAAGUUUCUCAAUUGGAGUAUGCAAAACAGAAAAAAAGCUGAAGAAUUUUCGGCUAAAAAUAUUUUGCGCCACACAUACAGCCAUACAGGGUGACUCAAAAAUAGAACUGCAGUAACUCUGUGAACAUCAAAAACGUCCGAGGCCAGUCUUUUCAACAUAUUCAACUUUGAGCCAACACUGUGAAAUAGAUGGAAGAUUUCCUGGGGCCAGCAUUACCUCCUGGAUACUUACAAAAUCAAACAGUUGCAAGUUCCACCUUUGGACCGGUGCUCCAGAAGACAGUGGAACAUGUACCAGAUGGACAUUCAAGUUCUUGUAGAUCAGUGUUACGACCCAGAUUGCAAGUUGUGAACUAUUCAGAUACUGACUCUGACUGUAGUGAGAAACUUUCAGCUUGUGGGCCAGCACUGCCCCCAGGGUUUGGAGCAACAACUAGUUUGGUAAGAGACGGCAGUUUUGGGACUUCCACUGAUCGAGACCACACUGAUCCGUGUGGACCGAAUUUGCCACCGGGAUUCAGAGUCACUAAUGGCUUAGUAGCUAAUCCAGACACUUCUUUUGUGAAAAACGACAGUACACAUUCUUGCGGUCCAGGUUUGCCUCCAGGAUUUCUAGUUGAAAGUAGUUUGGAAUCUGACCCAGUUGUAGAGCAAGAGCUGCCAGAUUCUUGUGGCCCAGCUUUACCACCAGGAUUCAAAGCUGCACAUAGCUUAGUUGAAGAAGCUGACCGGGUUGCUUCAGUUGUAAAUCAAGAGCAUCUAGCUUCUUGUGGCCCAGCUUUGCCUCCGGGAUUUCAAGUUGCAAAUAGUUUGGAAGAAGCUGACCCAGUUGCCUCCGUUGCAAAUCAAGAGCAUCUAGAUUCUUGUGGCCCAGCUUUGCCUCCGGGAUUUCAAGUUGCAAAUAGUUUGGUAGAAGCUGACCCAGUUGCCUCCGUUGCAAAUCAAGAGCCUCUAGAUUCUUGUGGCCCAGCUUUGCCUCCGGGAUUUCAAGUUGCAAAUAGUUUGGAAGAAGCUGACCCAGUUGCCUCAGUUGUAAAUCAAGAGCAUCUAGCUUCUUGUGGCCCAGCUUUGCCUCCGGGAUUUCAAGUUGCAAAUACCUUAGAAGAAGCUGACCCAGUUCCUUCAGUUGUAAAUCAAGAGCAUCUAGCUUCUUGUGGCCCAGCUUUGCCUCCGGGAUUUCAAGUUGCAAAUACCUUAGAAGAAGCUGACCCAGUUCCUUCAGUUGUAAAUCAAGAGCAUCUAGCUUCUUGUGGCCCAGCUUUGCCUCCAGGAUUUCAAGUUGCAAAUACCUUAGAAGAAGCUGACCCAGUUGCCUCAGUUGUAAAUCAAGAGCAUCUAGCUUCUUGUGGCCCAGCUUUGCCUCCAGGAUUUCAAGUUGCAAAUACCUUAGAAGAAGCUGACCCAGUUGCCUCAGUUGUAAAUCAAGAGCAUCUAGCUUCUUGUGGCCCAGCUUUGCCUCCAGGAUUUCAAGUUGCAAAUACCUUAGAAGAAGCUGAUGCUGUUGCCUCAGUUGUAAAUCAAGAGCAUCAAGAUUCUUGUGGCCCUGCUUUGCCUCCAGGAUUUCAAGUUCCAAAUAGCUUGGAAGCUGACCCAGUUACCUCUGAGUGUGCUAGUAGACAUAAAAAUCAAGAUUCUUCUGGCCCAGCUUUGGCUGCUGGAUUCAAAGUCGAAAAAAUAUUAGAAACCGAACCAGGUUUUGGCACCUCCGCUGUUGCUCAACAGAAUCGAAAUUCUUGUGGAUCAUCAUUGCCUCUGCGAUUUCAAGUUGCAAAUAUUUUAGAAACUAGGAACCCAGGACCUGAUACUUCUUUUCUCGAUAAAGAGCAUUGUGGACCAGCAUUGCCUCCAUGGUUGCAACUGCAAGCAAUAAAAAGUUCAGUAAUUCACAAUUUAAACAUACUUGGUACUGUUGCGACUGUAUUAGACAAAGUGCUGUCUCACUCUUGUGGACCAGUAUUGCCUCCAGGAUUUCAAACUCAAAAUGAUUGCAAUACUGACAAGGGAUUGCCUGCAAAUGUGACUCUGAAUCAGUCAUUGGGACCACCACUACCUCCUGGAUUUCUGACUGCAAAAACUCGAUCUAAAAAAUAUCCUUGGUCUGAUCAGGUUGUAGGACCAUCACCAUUAAAGAUUUCACGCAAGUCUCUAGGACCUGCUCUGCCACCAGAAUUUGAAACUACCAAGUCCAAUACAGACUCUGAUCUUGAUGAGGCUGUGGGAUUUCUAAAUACUGACUCUUGUGGUCCAGCAUUGCCACCAGGUUUCUGCACUGCUGAAUCUUCGGACACCGAUUUCAACCAUAACUUCCGAAAAUCCAUCCAGAAUUGUUCGAGUGAGUUACUUGGACCAGCACUGCCACCAGGAUUUCAGGCUCUGCAGGAGUCUGAUAUAGAUUUAGGUUCUGAUCAGGACGUACCCUCCCCAUUCAACAACAACCAUUCAAUAGGAUCAGCAUUACCUCCAGGGCUUCCUAUUGUUGAUCCUUCGGAGUCUGAUUCUAACUCCUGUCCAGGAGUUCAGCUACCGGUUGGACCAGUAUUACUUCCUGGAUUUUCGGAGGCAAGUCACUCUGCUGCAGAUCAUAAGUUCCUUCAGGCCGUGCCAUUGCUGAGUAGUCUCAAUUUGCCUCUGGGACCUGUACUACCACCAGGAUUUCCUGCUACCACUGCGUCAUCAGAAAAGUUAGAUACAAAGUUGGAUGAAGUUAUACAACUUCAGGCUGGACCAGUCUUGCCGCCUGGAUUUCGAAUAGUGCAUGAUUCAGACUCCAACUCAAAUUCCAAGGAGAUCGGGACCUCAGUAACAACUCGGAAACAGAGUUUUGGUCCUUCCCUACCAGUUUUCCAAACUUCAGCUCUUAACACAGAAUCGAAUUCAAUCCAGGAAUCGCUACCUUGUGGUCCAGUUUUACCACCAGAAUUUAAGGCAGUUGAACCUUCAGAUACCGAUUCAAAUUCUGCGUGGGGAGGAGAACCCCUUGGAAGUGCAAAUCAGUUAGUACAACCCCAAGUGCAAACAGAAUCAACUUCAGACCAGGAGACAGGAUCAGGAUCUGUAGGAGUGUCAAGCAGACCAGCUUUGCGCGUCGGAUUUACUCUUGGGAUAAAUUCUGAAUCGCCUCCCUCACUUAUUGAACAAGCCAUGUCCAAGUCAAUAGGACCAACCCUUCCUCCAGGUUUCAAAAAAGCCGCGGAUGCUGAAAACUCUGACUUCCAAAUUCAUGCAGAACCUUGGUCAGAUGAUGACAAUGAUGCUGGUGAACAGCCAUCAGUAGGUCCAAGUUUGCCUCCUAACUUUUCAAAGGCGACUGAAAGUUCACCUAGUUUACUAGGCCCAGUUUUGCCACCUGGGCUUUUGAAGAACAGGGGACCUACUGUAGAAAAAGACGGUGAAGAAACUGUUGGUCCAUCGCUUCCACCAGGUUAUGCACCAGAUCCUACGGAAAAGAAAAGUUCAUCAACAUAUGUAGGGCCUGUUUUACCAGAAGGGUUUAGAUUUAUUUCUGGUGCGGUUGCGAAACCUGCCAUUGGUCCGACACUGCCACCAGGUUUUCAAGAGCACGGCAGACAAGAAACUACUGACUCUGUCGCACAUCAAGUAGGUCCUGUCCUUCCACAAAGUUUGCUAACAGGAAAAACAGACUGUCGGAAAGAUAAAAGAAAUCGAAGAAUUGGUCCAGUUGGCCCGGCGUUGCCUCCUGGGUUUCAUCAGGAGUCUUCCAGUGAUGAGGAUUGUCAGGAAGAUGUUGUUGGUCCAGUAUUGCCCACAUCAGUUGCAAGAGUGGGUCCUGUUGGUCCAGCAUUACCUCCAGGAUUUCUAAUGCAAUCAGCAAAUGAAGAUAACUUACCUGGUGCUCGGUCUGUUGGGCCAGUUGUCCCCCCGGGAUUUCGAUAUGUUGGAGACGGCGGGUAUGAGGUGGAAGACGAUGUUGUUGGACCGAUGCCAUUUGCGAGAGGUGCUAGUAAUCUGUCGGCUGCUGAAGAGUUUGAAAGACGUUCGAAGAAGAUGAAAGAUAAGUUGACUGGCAGGGAUGACGAGGCCAACACAGCCACAACACGUGAAUCUUGGAUGACCGAGUUGCCUUCAGACGAACUUGGAAGAAGUCUUGGGCUGGUACAGCGAAAGUUCACAACUGGUAUUGGUUCAUCCAGGGGUGGAGAUAGAUCAGUUUGGACAGACACACCAGCAGAUAAGGCAAGAAAAGAAAAGGAAGGUGACAGAGGGACAAAGAGGCCAGUUGAAGUUGUCUACUCUGGAAUGUCGGUGAGAGAUGAAAGAAUGGAGCAACAGAUAGACAGUUACAAUAAAACUAAGAGGAAGGAGAGCUUGAUGGAUAUGCAUAGUAAAAAGAUGAAGAAAAAGCAUGAAGAGGAAAAAGACCAACCAAAGGAAAGACGUCCAUUUAGCCGGGAAGAGGAUUUGGGAACGAAUAAAUUUGAUGAUGCCCAAAGGAAAUCGAUCAUCAAAAAAGCACGUGGGCUUGAUUCAAGAUUCAGUCAUGGAGAGCAAAAAUUCCAUUGAUCGAAGUCUGUGGAGAACUGAACUAUCAUUGGGCACCGUCCAUUUUGGAAUGGGACACAUGUGGGUUGCUCACGCAUCUGUAUUAUACCAAUCAGCUUGCGGUUGUACACAAAAAAAGUUUGAGAUCGAUGCGUGGUCUCACCAUACCAGUUGAAAGGUUAUUUCCAUUUAAAAUAUAUUUCUUCUUGAAUUGUGAAAUAGAUGUGUUUAAAAAUGAAGAAACUUAUGAAGUUUCAGUCCAAUUGGCUUACUUGCGUGGUUUUGAGGCUCCUUUUAACCUGCCGUGGUGACAAAGCUGACAUGCGGGUUAACAGCCGUCAAAAAUCGCCCCCCUAACUUAAGACUCCCAAACCCUGAAUAUAUCAUGCAUAAUGUACAACGAAAAUUUCAUGGUUUGACAGGCUGGGAUAGGUCUAUUUGGGUGUGAAAUUCCUCCGUGGGUACGUCUUGGAAAAAGUUAUGAGCAUGUAGAAAGUACCAUUUAAAAGGGAAAAGGGCUUAAAACUUGAUUACAGGUGUGUGAUUAGUUGUGGAAUAUCUUGAGAGCAGAACCAUCAGUGGGCACCGUCCAUUUCUGACGUCCUUCUUUGACUGUCAACAGUCGGCACUGGGGCGAGUUUGGUGUGUCACUUAACCAACCUCUACAUCCGGGGUCUACUUGAUUAGCAUUCAAAAUGGCUGCACCACUAGACCUAUACACUAUAGACCCUGGAUGCUCGUGUACGUCAUGUCGCUCGUCACUGCCAGCAUCUGGGGGUGAUGUAGUAAGUUUAACCCAUGACCCGUCUAUUCGGGCGCUGUUUCAGCAUGACCAAAAACCGUUUGUAGCCAAUCAAAUAAUUGUAAAAUUGACUAAUUAUCUCAGGAUGUAGGCCCUAUACAGAUAAAGAAGCCUUAAACUUAAAUAAAUUAUCAAAUUAUUAAAUAAAUUAUCAAAAGGGAUACUGAAAUAAUAAUUUCACAGUGCUCGCUUGAUUGGGUAUUGUAACACAUGCUUCUUCAGUUCUAUUUUGCGGCCCGCAUGGCUCGGCUAAAUGACGCAAUUUUCUUGUAGAGGCAAUUAAUUUUUGGCUCACCGGUACGGUGAGUCUAUACGACACCGCAGUGUCUGUCGUCCGUUGUCGUCGUCGUCGUCCGUCGUAUCCUAUUUCAAAAACAGUGGCACGUUUCUUAACCGCUAGGGCUAUGGACUCAAAACUUUGUAUGCAUGACCCCCCUAGGUCAGAUGACCUUUGACACUGAAUUUCGGUCCGGUCUGAUUCUUGACUUGACCACUAAGGGGCCAAAACUGAAAUCAUAAAUAGUGUGAUAUCUCACUUUAUUAUGGGCCCCAGACCAACAGUCUGGGGACCAUAUUGAGAUUGCUGGAAGUUCUACAUUCUUCUAUCUGUUCACCCACAAACAUUAUUGUGAGUGUUCUCUAAAACACCUAAAUAAACCAAAAAUCUUUCUUCCGUAUACCACCAAACAUAACCCCAACCAUUCAACGUCACCAAAGACUUUUCGAAAUUUGGAUAAUUUUGAUGACUUUGAAGCGUUUUUAUGCGCCGAUUUUUCUGAUUUGCUUUCAAAUCUCCGGCACGACACAUACAUUAGCAUAUAAGCUCCGCCCCGUAAUGGUGACGUCAUAUCCCCAUGCAUCAUGGCGGCAGUAUCUCUUUGCCGAAGAAGUGGCGAGCUGUCGAGUAUUUUGAGCAAAGAACGACGGUUGAAUGUAGGAAUAAAAUAAAGGAAUAGCCUUAAAUGCUUAUCGAUGAUCCAUCCUGCCCAUCUGAAAAGGUUAGGGUGUUGUUUAAAUGUUAUUGAGCGUGUGAUUUUGAGAAAGCGCGAGCGUGUUUGUCCGGAAAUAGAUCAUCCGCGAAACGGAAUAGACUUCAAUCCGUGUGGGCCCGUGGGGGCUAUCAAAUUUGCUGACAAGCAAAUCUCAAAUUUCUAGUAAUCUCUUGUAUCUUAGUUAUUCAUAUUCUAUCAAAAGUAUAAAAAAGGAUUUAAUUGAAUUGUCAUCUCAAAACAAAACGUAGUACAGUAGACCUCACCUUAGUCGAACCUAUUGGGACCAUAGAUUUUUCUUCGACUUACACAAAGUCUACUUAGGUGAUGAUUAUUCAAAAGAAAAGCAUGAAAUUUGCUUCAACUUAAUCAGAUCUUGGCAUAUGCAAGUUCAACUUUGGCAAGGUUGACUGUAUCUUCAAUUUUCAUGACAUGGCAUACCUUUUCAAAUGACAACUCAAUUAUUCCUAAAUGGACCAAA